AUGGGGCUCAUAUUUGGUGGAGGUACAUUGCUCACAUUGCUCUGUGCAAUAUUCUUUGCGCAGGGGCGUGAGUUUUUAGGUAGAGAUGGCAGAUUAGUAUGCAACUGCGAUCCCGAAGAGGCAAACAACAUUUGCAGUGCAUUAGGCUCUGCAAAUCUGCACGUAGCGCACGAACGUUGUGACAAAUUCUACAAAUGCGCCAAUAGAAAGCCUGUUCCAUUUUGUUGUUCUGAAGGACUCUUUUACAAUCCGGUCAUCGAAGUGUGCGAUUGGCCUCACAACGUUGAUUGUGGAAAUAGAAUAACAGAUCAAGUUCACGAUCGCACCGAAUGUAACGACAAUGAAGGCGAUUGGGAAGGUGAAGACGACGGCAAUGAAAAUGAAAACACUUGCGACUGGGCCCCUAGUGAUGCGCCAUCACUUUGUGCCCUCCCAGCUAAUAAUGGUGGUCUCGUUCCGCACGAAAAUUGCAAUCAAUUUUAUCAGUGUGCGCACGGAAGGCCAGUGGCACAAACUUGUGCCGGCAAUCUUCUAUUCGAUACUUGCGCUAGGCGUUGUGAUUACCCUCACAAUGUAAAGUGCGGAAACCGGGCUAUCCCUGAAAAGGAUGAAAACCCUGGUAACAAUGAGAGUAAGGAAAGCGAUGACAAUGAGCAGACUUGUAAUUGCGAUCCAGCGGAGGCACCAGAGAUUUGUGCGCGACCUGGGUCUGAUAGUAUUCUCAUAGCUCAUGAAAUUUGCCAUAAAUAUUACAUUUGUCUUCACGGUCGUCCAAGGCCUAUGGUUUGUAAUAACAAUCUUUUAUUUAACCCUUAUACAAACCAAUGUGAUUGGCCGCAUAAUGUUGAAUGUGGUGACAGACUACUUUGUAAUUGCGAAGAUGGAAAUAACGAUAAAGAAUGUGAUGAAACCAAAAGUGAAGAAAGCAGCCCUGGCGAUGAUGGGCCUGGCGAUGAUGGAUCUGGUGGUGGUGGCGGAGGUGGCUCUUGCAACUGCGACCCCGGUGAAGCCCCAAGUAUUUGCGCUGCCGACGGUUCUGAUGGUGUUUUAAUCGCUCACGAAUAUUGCAAUAAGUUCUAUAAAUGUGACCAUGGACUACCAGUAGCAUUGAAGUGCCCAGGAAAUCUACUUUAUGAUCCGCAUCUAGAAAGAUGUGAAUGGCCUGAUACUGUCGAUUGUGGAGACAGAAUAAUUCCCGAUCCAGAAGACGGAGACAAUGGCGGCGAUGAUGGAUCUGGUGGUGGUGGAGGAGGCGGCGGUGGUGGUGGUGGCGGCGGCGGAGGCGGAGGCGGAGGCGGAGGCGGAGGCGGAGGACUCUUUUACAAUCCGGUCAUCGAAGUGUGCGAUUGGCCUCACAACGUUGAUUGUGGAAAUAGAAUAACAGAUCAAGUUCACGAUCGCACCGAAUGUAACGACAAUGAAGGCGAUUGGGAAGGUGAAGACGACGGCAAUGAAAAUGAAAACACUUGCGACUGGGCCCCUAGUGAUGCGCCAUCACUUUGUGCCCUCCCAGCUAAUAAUGGUGGUCUCGUUCCGCACGAAAAUUGCAAUCAAUUUUAUCAGUGUGCGCACGGAAGGCCAGUGGCACAAACUUGUGCCGGCAAUCUUCUAUUCGAUACUUGCGCUAGGCGUUGUGAUUACCCUCACAAUGUAAAGUGCGGAAACCGGGCUAUCCCUGAAAAGGAUGAAAACCCUGGUAACAAUGAGAGUAAGGAAAGCGAUGACAAUGAGCAGACUUGUAAUUGCGAUCCAGCGGAGGCACCAGAGAUUUGUGCGCGACCUGGGUCUGAUAGUAUUCUCAUAGCUCAUGAAAUUUGCCAUAAAUAUUACAUUUGUCUUCACGGUCGUCCAAGGCCUAUGGUUUGUAAUAACAAUCUUUUAUUUAACCCUUAUACAAACCAAUGUGAUUGGCCGCAUAAUGUUGAAUGUGGUGACAGACUACUUUGUAAUUGCGAAGAUGGAAAUAACGAUAAAGAAUGUGAUGAAACCAAAAGUGAAGAAAGCAGCCCUGGCGAUGAUGGGCCUGGCGAUGAUGGAUCUGGUGGUGGAGGUGGAGGCGGCGGUGGCGGUGGUGGUGGCGGCGGAGGCGGAGGUGGAGGUGGAGGUGGUGGAGGAGGUGGUGGUGGCGGAGGUGGCUCUUGCAACUGCGACCCCGGUGAAGCCCCAAGUAUUUGCGCUGCCGACGGUUCUGAUGGUGUUUUAAUCGCUCACGAAUAUUGCAAUAAGUUCUAUAAAUGUGACCAUGGACUACCAGUAGCAUUGAAGUGCCCAGGAAAUCUACUUUAUGAUCCGCAUCUAGAAAGAUGCGAAUGGCCUAAUACUGUUGAUUGUGGAGACAGAAUCAUACCUGAUUGUAAUGAAGAAGACGGCAGUGGAGGUGGAGGAGGUGGUGGUGGCGGCGGAGGUGGAGGUGGUGGAGGCUCUUGCAACUGCAAUCCCAGCGAAGCCCCAAGUGUUUGUGCUGCUGAAGGAUCUGACAGUAUCCUAAUAGCACACGAACAUUGCAAUAAGUUCUAUAAGUGUUUCAAUAAGCUACCGGUUCCGUUAAAUUGCCCUGAAGACCUUCUUUAUGAUCCACACUUAGAAAGAUGCGAAUGGCCUGGUACUGUUGAAUGUGGAGAUAGAAUAAUUCCUGAUAAGAGUGAUGAUCUUAACUUGUGUAUUAUAAAAGAACCGAAUGAUGUUAACAACAACACCAACGCUAGCCCCAGUGAAGUAAAAGCUAUUUGUGCAAGAGGUAAUGCAGAAGGCACGUUCGUUCCUCAUGAAAAUUGCAAUCAAUUCUAUACGUGCUCAAAUGGUAUUCCCGUUACUUUGACUUGUCCGAGCACUCUACUCUAUAACUUGCUUACCGAAAAAUGUGAUUGGCCACGCUACGUUGAUUGUGGAGAUAGAAAGCUCCAGGGAGACAACGGUAACGGAAACAACAAAGACGAAGAUACAACAGCUGUGAUCUGCUCGAAAAAAGAAUCCGAAGGCGUUUUAGUGGCUCACGAAGACUGCGAUAAAUUUUACAUGUGCUCAUCUGGAAAUCCCGUAACUCUUAAAUGUCCUUCGAACUUAUUCUUUAGCCCAAUCACCCAAACUUGUGAAUGGUCCAAGAAUGUCGAAUGUGGCACUAGAGUCGUUCCAGGCGAGGAAAACGUCAAUACUGGUCCUUGUAACUGUGAUCCGAAACAGGCAUUAUCUUUAUGUGCUCAAGAAGGUUCGAACGGGAAACUUGUAGCCCAUAAUGUGUGUAGCCACUAUCACAUGUGCGUCAGCGGUAAAACAUUAUCAUUCGCUUGUCCGUCUAAUCUUUUCUAUGAUCCUCAAAAGGAACGAUGCGAUUUUCCUACUAAUGUCAGCUGCGAAGGCCGUGUUGCACCAGUGUUCCUACCUCCACUUAACAAACAUUUGGAAGCACGACAAAAUAUCAGACACUACUUUUAAAGGGCUCUAUGAAAAACUUCUUGAAAAAUUUUAAUCGUUCAUUUUAAAUUAAAAUUAUGUUACAUCUCAUUAG